CGCCACAGCCCUGGGCUUUAGAGGAAGCUGCCCACCCUAUCUGAAUCUGCGUGACCCGCUCGAUGGGUUUGAGGGUCAUCUAGCUGGUUUCGCGCGUGCCAUCGCGGCUUCCGAAGCCUCAGGGUGCGGGCCGUUCCGCGGAGCUGCUUGUCGCCGCUGGCCAGCCGCAGCAACGACGCGGACUUGGGGACGCGCGCGGGGCGGGGACCAGGCUACCCGCCUCCUCCGGCUGGGGAGUCCCCGGGGCCGGCGCGUGGGGAAGUCCCAAGCGCGGGUACAAGAGCGCGGCGCGCGCCCAGGGGGGCGGCCCGGACAGUGGCGCAGCGUUCCAGCCAUGUCGCAAGGCCUCCAGCUCCUGCUUCUAGGCUGCGCCUGCAGCCUGGCGCCGGCGAUAGCGAUGCGGGAGGUGACGGUAGCUUGCUCCGAGACGGCCGACUUGCCGUGCACAGCACCCUGGGACCCGCAGCUCUCCUACGCAGUGUCCUGGGCCAAGGUCUCAGAGAGCGGCAGCACCGAGAGGUUGGAACUCCCCGAGAGCAACCAAAACAGCUCCUUCGAGGCCCCUAGGAGAAGGUCUUACUCCUUGACAAUCCAAAACACUACAGUCUGCAGCUCUGGCACCUAUAGGUGUGCCCUGCAGGAGCUCGGAGGGCAGCGCAACUUCAGUGGCACAGUGGUUCUGAAGGUGACAGGAUGCCCCAAGGAAGCUACAGAGUCAACUUUCAGGAAGUACAGGGCUGAGGCUGUGUUGCUCUUCUCUCUGGUCGUUUUCUACCUGACACUCAUCAUUUUUACCUGUAAGUUUGCACGACUACAGAGUAUUUUUCCAGAUAUUUCUAAACCUGGCACAGAACAAGCUUUUCUUCCAGUCACCUCCCCAAGCAAACAUUUGGGGCCAGUGACCCUUCCCAAGACAGAAACGGUAUGAGUAGGGUCUCCAUUGUUUUUUACAAAGCCAAGGGCACAUCAGAUCAAUGUGCCUGAAUGCCACCUGGACAAGAGAAGAAUGAGCCCCACUCUCAGAUGGCAACCUUUCUUUGAAGUCCUUCACCUGACAGUGGGUUCCACACUACGCCCUGCCACAGGAUCUUGAGCACCAUCAUAUGAUCAUGAAGCAUGGAAUAUCACUGCUUCUCUGUGGCUGUCAGCUUAAUGUUUCAUGCAGCUAACUGGUCAACCUCGUGAAUGCUUUUCAGUCAUAUAAAAGCUAUGGUGAGAUGCAGGUGGAGCAGGGUCAUGGGAAAUAUGAACAUUCUGAGCUGGCCCUGUGACAGACUCCUGAGGACAGCUGUCCUCUUCUACAUCUGGGAUACAUCUCUUUGAAUUUGUCCUGUUUCAUUGCACCAGCCCAGAUGUCUCACAUCUGGCAGAAAUUGACAGGCCAAGCUGUGAGCCAGUGGGAAAUAUUUAGCAAAUAAUUUCCCAGUGCGAAGGUCCUGCUAUUAGUAAGGAAUAUUAUGUGUACAUAGAAAUGAGAGGUCAGUGAACUGUUUCUCAGCAGGGCCUUUUCAUCUGGAAAAGACAUCCAUAAAGCGGCAAUACAGAGGGAUGCCACAUUUAUUUUUUUAAUCUUCAUGUACUGGUCAAAGAAGAAUUUUCAUGUUUUUCAAAGAAGUGUGUUUCUUUUCUUUUUAAAAAUAUGAAUGUCUAGUUACAUAGCAUUGCUAGCUGACAAGCAGCCUGAGUGAAUAUGGAGAAUGUCCCUCAGAAUAGGGACAGCAAGCUAGAAGUCCUGUACAGUGCCCUGCUGGGAAGGUCAGACCAUGGACUGAGCAACUAGAAGUCUAGCCACAAGACUGUCUGUAUGAUCCUGGACGAGUCACUUGUGGCUUUCACUCUUUAGCUUGGAAACCAGGUAGUUUAGUCUGGGUUGACUACGAUGGAUGUGAAGAUGCUUGGGGAAAGCUGAAAGUAAUGGAUAUACUGGCAACUCUACUGCUGUUACCUUGUUGAUAUCCUAGAGUUCUGGAGCUGGGCGAAUGCCUGUCAUAUCUCAGCUUUCCCAUCAAUCCAAACAAAGGAGGCCACAUAAAGGACAUGAGCAUGGCCUUCUGUGUGAACUCCUCCUGAGAAACAUGGAGACUGGCUCAGUGUUUUGCUCUUAAAGGACUAAUCACAAGCUCACCUGAAGAUAUGGACCUAUGGGAGCUAUUGCACCAUGACAGGAGGAAGUUCUCAGAUGUUGCACUGAUAUAACAUUAUUGCAUUUCUUCAAUGAACUUAGCCACUUCCUCCUUUGUUUCCCAAAGAGAUUUUGUCCCACUAAUGGUGUGUCCAUCACCCACACUAUGAGAGUGAAAGGGGUGCUGAGGAGAUCUGGUGGGCUUAUCUCUCAGCCACCACUUUCAUCUAUUAAAAGUAUGCAUGUCAA